AUGUCCCAGAUUCCCAUGAACACUCUCGGGUCAAAGCAUUCGCCGACAUCGACCCAAGACGAGUACGAAGCACUGCUCAAAGAGAUUCUCGAACCAGACUCCUCUGACGAAGAACGCUACCAAGGUCUGAUCCUCUCCAGCAGGAACUCUUCUACCACCACCACUACAACUUCUUCUCGUCCCAUCGACCUCGACCUUGACCUCGACCUGGACUUGGACCCCGGCUUCAGUUUCAACAAGGUCGAUCAAGCCCAUUCCAGAAGCAGGACACCUCAAAGCACUCUCUCCGACACCGCCAAGAGCAGCAACAGCAGCACGCCCAGAAACUCGACCGACGUCCGUCUCCUCAAACCCGUUGCCGUCAACAUCGUUGUCGGCUCAGACAAACUAGACUCUCCACCCAUUGACAUAUCCCUAGCCCGUUCAUCCUCCUUCAAUCCAUCCUUUCUUUCGACAAGUCCAACCAAGGACAGAUCGCAUUCUAUCCUCUCCCUCUCAGCACCAUCCUCUGCUUCGUCCAGCCCCUCUUCGUCUGUUAAUACUCUCACGCGUGCAAGCAGCGUCGCGUCAUCCUCAGCUCGACGCGGUCAUAAUCAACCCCGCAACACUAUACAGUUUCUAGAUAGUCCGUCCAGUUUAAAGACCAUUCUCGACUCGUCAUCAUCCCUCGACGUAGACUCUGCACUUGAACACCCCACCCUUGGCUCCAACUACCUCGCCAACCUUUCAUUCAUCCGGCGAAGCGACCCACCCAAGGACGCCUUUCAAACCAAGCAACAUCACCAAGGCAUUAUCCAACGCCACGAACAGCGACUCGCGCGUUUCAAUCACCGUAACCAGACAUUGCUGAGCAACGCAACCAGAAUGGACAUGAUCAACCAAACUUCUCGCGUCAAGGCGCGCGGAAACGGUACUUAUAAAAACGGGAAAGAAGCACCGUAA